AUGGUGCCCGCCCGGCCGCCCGGCGUGGCGCUCGCCCGCUCGCUCGGCCCGGCUCUGGCGCGGGGCUCGCGGCAGGGCCUGGCGGCGCCGCCGCCCGCCCGCCCGCCCGCUCGGGCCAGGGCCGGGGCCGGGGGCUUGGGCCGCCCGGCUGCCGGCCGCGGCCUCUCCCUCCCCGAGCCGCGCUUACAUCCCCGCCGGGCGCCGGCCUCCCUGCGCCGCCAGCCAGUACAUGGUGUCCCCCGAGGGAGCCGAGGCCGGGGCGGCCGGACCGGGGGCCAGGAAGGGGGGGCGCCGCCGCCGCCGCGGCUGCCGGGAGCCCGACCCGAGCGCUCACCCUCCUCCUCUUCCUCCUCCUCCUCCUCUUCCUCCUCCCCUCUCCUUCCUCGCCGCUUCCCCAGGCACUCUCCCGGCGGCGGCAGCUGCGCCGCCAAAGCCCCGGGCCCCAGCGGCCCCCCACCCCUCACUCGCGCGCUCCCACACUGCCUCCCCCUCCCCGGGGGAAGGCCUUUUAAUUUAUUUAUUCUUCUGGGACUGGGGUGGGGGUCUUGGCUGGCGGGGGAGGGGGUCUCCCCGGGCUCUACCUCCCGCGGCCGGGACUACCCUCCGAGCCGCGACCGCCGCGGCGUGCGUCCCCCGGGCCUGCAAAACUGUUUCCAAACUGCCCGGAUCGGAGGCGGGCGCGCGGGGACCCGGGGAGAGGGCUGGGGUCUGGGGGGCCGAGGGUGUGUGUGGACGCUGGGAGGCCGGCGUCGACUCAGAGGAGUUGCAAUCGAGGUCCGGGAGUGGCGGCGGCCAAUCAGCGCGCGGCUUCCAUUUUACACGAAGGAGAGGCCAACAGAUGAGGGAAGCCAUUUUUCUGCAAUGGAAUUAAAUGGCCAAAGCAGUAAACAGUCCUCAGCGAAGCCGCCUUUUUGCCUACCCAACCCUGGAAAGUUUGCAGAAGUGGAAGGAGCAGAACGUGAGGGUGUAACUUACAAAAAGGUUCUGGGCCGGAGAAGGGGCGACGUUCGGGCACCCCCUGAAUGGACAAUCUUUCCUUCUGUCGACGGCAGGGGCAGGCCUAGUUUGACUCUGACAGCCCUGCCACUGAGGUAUCUUGGUGCUAAGUUAAGGGAGAGAGUUCUCCGUGGGCUAGGAUCUCGACAGUGCUGGUGACCUUGGGUGAGUGUCUCCCUGUAAAGUGAUAAGGAUGCCUGCUGGAAAGGGUGGUGGGAGGAUUAAGUGCAUUAAGAAGGCCCUCCUCCCAAGCUUUUAGUUGGCCUCCGUUGUGAUCUUGGUUAUUGCUGGGAGUGGCUGCAGGGGCUGGGGGCUGGGCUGCCUCAGAGCUCCCCCCACCACCAGCCCACCUGCUGAAGCACGUGUCCCUGCCUCAGGGCAAAGUGGAAUCUGGUGCUCCCUGGGAAGGCAGCCAGCGCGGUUCUCCUCUGGAGUGGUUGAGUGCAGCUGGAGGAAUUCCUGGUGACUGGAAGGGGAGUGACUCGGGUCCUCAAUCUUUUGCAGGUAAGGGAGCUGCCUCCUGGGCGGGCAUGCCCAGUUCCUCAGUAGGCCCAGCGUGGCCCAGCCUCCGAGGAAGCUCUGAGCAGCUGGCUUGGCUCUGAGUGCUGCCAAGCCCAGUGUGCCAGCCAGCGCUCAGCUUUCCAUAAAGGGUUCUCCUGUUUCCAACCUCCAUUGCACUGCUUCCCCCAAGACUGACCUCCUGGAAGGCUGGAGCACAACUGCCUCUCAAUAAACGUGUUGCAAAAAAGGAA